UUGCCGUAGGCGGCGGCGGUCGCGGUGCAUCCUGGGUAGCACAGCGAAAGCGGCGGGAGAGCGCAGAUCUCUACUUAAAUUCAAUAACAGCGAGUUAUAUUUAACAAUAACUAAACGAAUAGUGCGUAUUUAGUCGUAAAAAUAACGUGUAAGUUAGAUAACACUUCAGGUAUUUGGUAGAUAACACUAUUCUCUCUGUUAAAGGCUUGUAAUCGUAGUUGUGGUGCGUUUUAAAGCGUUAACCGGGAGUCUGGUUUGAACGUCUGUGUUUUGGGUUAGCUCGUUUUUAGCGCUACAACAACAACAAUGGCGAAGGUACAGGUGUUAAAUGUGGCUGUUUUAGAUAACCCGAGUCCAUUUGGAAACCCUUUCCAGUUUGAGAUAACCUUUGAGUGUAUGGAGGACCUUCCUGAAGACCUGGAAUGGAAGAUCAUCUACGUUGGCUCAGCAGAGAGUGAAGAGUACGACCAAAUCCUCGACUCCGUCUUGGUCGGCCCAGUACCUGCUGGAAGACAUAUGUUUGUGUUUCAGGCUGAUGCCCCGAACACUGGAUUGAUUCCUGAAAGUGAUGCUGUCGGUGUAACUGUGGUGCUGAUUACCUGCACGUACCGCGGACAGGAGUUCAUUCGCAUCGGUUACUAUGUGAACAAUGAAUACACAGAACCAGAGCUUCGGGAAAAUCCACCCAUCAAGCCAAACUACACACAGCUCCAGAGAAAUAUCCUGGCAUCAAACCCACGCGUGACCAGAUUCCAUAUAAACUGGGAAGGCUGUGCAGAGCGAAUGGAAGAUUGUGAAAAUGUGGAUCCCACGUCAAACUCCAUGCUCCCUCCAUCCUGUCUCCCAGGCAAGGCCCCACCCUUAGGGAUACUACCAGAUAACUCCAUGGACUGCUUAUAGAGACAUCGCCAGACCCAAAGGUGACACAGCACGAGACCUUUAUUUUUGAAGAAUGCCUGUGGACAUUUUGGUGUGGAUGUACAGACAUCUUUGCCUGAUUUACCUGAAGCUUGUCAAAAAUGAACUCUCAUCUUGGGCUUCAGAUAAGUGUUUGUUCCAAGGAAGAUAAUGAACAUCUCACUGGUAUAAUCAUCACUUAUAGAUGGGGAGUUCCUUGACAUGAUGUUGAAAGCAAUAUCGAAAUAGUUUAACUCAUGGAAGGAGAAAAAGGUUACUAUGAAAUGAUGCAGCUGAACCGAAACAGCACAGAAAGCUGAUGUGAUCCACCUUCCAUCCUUUGUUGGUGCAGAACUAAUUUGUACCCAUUUAAGAGGAUUUCAGCACUGAAGCAAUAGGCAAAUAAAUUGCAAUAUGUUGCUGUACAGGAAUUUGAUAAACUGCCAUUAUGUUUGUGUUCAAAUUUAUUUUGCACUUAAACCUUUUCCCACUUAGAUUGUUGAGUUUUGGAUGAGCUACAUCACCUUCUCCAUGUUUUUUUGUUUGCAACUUUGUGUUCCUAAUUAAAAAAAACAUUUGUUAUGUAUCUUU